AUGACUAACUCAGUUGAAGAAGUCACCAAAUCACUGUCGGAAUUAACAGUGUUAUCGUUCAGAAAACUGGAUGAUGUCAAAAGACUGGCGCAGCAUUUUUGCAGGGUCAUAAAUGAUCCCAAAACACAGGAGAACAAGAUAAUUCUUCGGUACUUAAGAGAUCUCGAUGAGACUCACAAGAGAAUUUUUCUGGCACCCCGUGAUGGGGUGGAGGUGGAGUAUAUCUUCACUACAGAGAAGAAGAGCAGUCUACAAAGGCAGAGAUUUAAUAGCCUACCGGUAAGUGAAGUGCCUGAAUUGCUUAAAGCUGAGCUGACAGUGGAAAACGCUAAACAGGUGCACAUAUGUACUGAUUGCAAUGUAGAAAUAGAGAUUAAUGAUGAGGAACCAUUAAUGGAGUCCUUGCAGAGGCACUUUGAUCUGGAAAUCCAUCAACCUAAGCUGAAGCGGGAGAGUAUUGACGUGGCAGAACCCAUUAUCCUGCCAAACAUGUCGAGGCGUCUGUCCGCUAUGGAGUGUGGAGAGACGCCUUUGCAAAAUAUUGAAAAGCUUAAACCUGUAGAAAGGCUGGAUAAGCUGUUUUCUGGUAAGCUAGAGGCAUCCUUAGUGAGACUUCUCCCAGACAAUUCGGAAGCCAGCAUAGAUGCAGCUGUGAAAUUUUACCAGGGGCUUUACAAUCAACUCUGUAGGGACAUAGGCAAAAUUGAUUUUUCCAGUCAGGCGAGCUCCGUAGCCCCGAUAAUUAUGAGCAUCAAAGAUAAUGUUAACCAGAAUUUUGCAUUUGAUGCAAACAAAUCCUUUGAGAAUGAAGAAGUCGAGGUACCUGAGAAACAAAUAAUAAAUCCAGUGAAAAAAUACAGAUACUAUGGACCAAUAGAGAACCUAAUCACUAAAUUGCUGACCAAUCACAAGCUUUUGACACUAGUUGACGAUCGUACAGGGAAACUUGCAUUUUUCUGCAUGGCUUGCGAGUAUUACACGCUGCGUUUCAGAUAUGACAGCGUGCUGAACCAUAUUUUCAGCGAAACCCAUAUUCAUAAUUUAUCAUGUAUUUUGGCAGCGGACAAGCAUAUACCUUUUUUCGUUCAGGAUUCCAGUAUUGACAGCAUUAAAGAUAUGAACAUAAAGUUCCUGAAUAAAAACAAUGUUUCGGCUGAGGGAAAUGCUUUCUACUGCAGCCUGUGUAAGCUUCAGUUUGACUCUAAAGAAGUUGUCAUACAUAUCCUAGAUGAAAACCACCUUGGAAGGUUAUCAGACAAAAUGUAUAAGAAGAUGAAAAACGAAGUGCAAGAAGACUGGGGACCGAGAUGUCUCGACUGGGCUAAGUUCUUGGCAAGUGUUGGUAAACCACUGCAUAACCACGACCAUGUGGUCAUGGAAAACUUUAUCAGACCAGCUGGGAAGGUUGCCAACUAUUGCUCAUGCUGUGAUAUGGUCUUGAAGGGUCCUAGACAAGUCCUUUUUAACCACAUCCGCCAGAAAAAGCAUUUGAGAAAUGCAGCACCACUUAAAUUGUCAUUGCUGUACAAGAACCAAUGCCGACCUGCCGAGUACUACGCCAGUUUUGGAAACUACUUUGUUUGCACCAUCUGUCCAGUCCAUGUCGCUUUUGCAUCCUUUUCAUCAAUAGUCCAGCAUUUUGAGAGCCCCAUGCAUAUUGAAACUAUAUCGAAGUUGAUCCGUUCAGCUCUAUACCCUGAGGAGGACUUGAAAUUGUUGGAAGCUAAUGAAAUAUUUUCAAACAAGUGUGAAGUGUGUGACAUAGUCUUUCCCGAUGUAGGAAAAGCGAUUGAGCAUGUCCUAUCAGAUGUUAACCAUCAGAGUCUAAUAGCUGAAAUGCGGAUUCAGGCGAACAAGGGAGAUAUUAUCAGUGUUUAUAUGAAUGGAAAUUAUAUACUACACUCAGAAGGCUCACAAUUUGAAUGCACUGUAUGUGGUAAUGUGUCGAAUUCAAUCCGAUCGCUCUUAAGCCAUUUAGUGUACGCUGAGCAUUUCAAGCAGAAGUUGAACUCUGAGAAUAUAUUCCGGUUCUACCUUGAACUCAAACACAACAUCAAUAUGCUGUCUCGGAAUAAGAGAAUAUGGGGGCCAGUUAUGUUAAUUUGGACACGUCUGCUGUUGAAUAAAUUUUAA